GUGUAGCUCAGUUAGCUUUCCAGACAAAAAAAAAACCUGCUAACGUUAACUUGAGACAAUGACAGAGCAGGCAUAGCUGACAGAGCUGACCGAGAAUGAGGAGCUUAGUUUUAUUUGUUUUUCUGGCUCCUUGUUGGGUCAAUGGUGCUGUAAAGUCAAGAGAUAUCACGGAGCAAAACCAUGAAGAAAACCCGGAGUUCGAUGCUCUGAACUCCCUCCUGUCAGAUUUUGAGGUUCUGCCGUUAUCAGGCCUCCAGCUUCACUCUGUGAGGAAGAGGGACGUCCACACCCAGUCCCACCUGGAGCGCCUUGUGAGCUUCAGAGCCCUGCACAGACAUUUCAAGCUUUACCUGACCACCAACACAGGCCUUUUCACAGACAACUUCAAAGCUGUCUUUGUCGAUAAACAUGGGAAGGAGGAGAACUACGAUGUUCAUCUUCAGAACUAUUUCACUGGACAUGUUGUUGGAGAGGAGAACUCGCGAGUCCAGGCUCACAUAGAUGGAGAUGAGUUUUCUGCUCACAUCCUUACUGAUGAAGCAGAGUACAACAUAGAGCCCCUUUGGAGAUUCACAGAUUCCCCAACUGACGGCAGGCUGCUGGUGUAUCGCUCGGAAGACAUCAAGAAUCUGAGCCGUAUCGCCUCUCCAAAAGUGUGUGGUUAUGUCCAAGCAGAAGCUAAGGACCUGCUGCCACAGACCGCCAGGAGAGACUCGGGUGGGAUAAAGGCGGUGGACCGGGAAGAAGGACACCACCACAGAGAGAAGAGACAGGCUCACGACCACAAGAAGAAUACCUGCCCCCUGCUGCUGGUUGCAGAUUAUCGAUUUUUUAAAAACAUGGGCCGAGGACAAGAGAGCGUCACUCUCAACUACCUGAUCGAGCUGAUUGAUCGAGUGGACGACAUUUACAGGAACACAACCUGGGACGAUGAAUUCAAAGGCUACGGUGUCCAGAUCCAUCAGAUCAUCAUCAACAAGGAGCCCACAAAGCCUCCUGCUGGCCAUGUUAGCACCAACUGGGUUCACUACAACAUGGAGAACAGCCCUGGAAAGGGUCGGGAGGUCUGGGAUGUGAAGAGACUUUUGGAGCAAUUCAGCUCGGACAUCGCUGACAACGCCUCCACUGUGUGUCUGGCCCACCUGUUCACUUACCAGGAUUUCGAUGAGGGCACGCUGGGGCUCGCUUACGUGGCCCCCUCCAAACCUCAGGCCCUGGGUGGUCUCUGCCCAAAACCAUACUACCCAUCUCACUCCUCCAAGAAGCCCAGUUACCUCAACACGGGCCUGACCAGCACCAAGAACUACGGCAAAACCAUCCUGACAAAGGAGGCCGAUUUGGUGACCACUCAUGAGCUGGGCCACAACUUCGGAGCCGAGCACGACCCUGACAACAUCCAGUACUGCGCUCCCAGUGACGACAACGGGGGGAAGUUUGUCAUGUACCCCAUUGCUGUGAGCGGAGACCAUGUCAACAACAAGCGUUUCUCCACCUGCAGCAAGAUCUCUGUCGGAAAGACGUUACGCUUUAAGGCUCCCGUGUGUUUCAAGGAGAGGAACAGUAAAGUAUGUGGAAACUCCAGAGUGGAGGAGGGGGAGGAGUGUGACCCCGGGCUGCUUCACAUCAAUGACGACCUCUGCUGCACAUCCGACUGCAAAUUUAAAUACAAUGUACAGUGCAGCGACAUAAACAGUCCCUGCUGUAUGAACUGCAAGUUCCAGAAGGCAGGAACAAAGUGCCAGGAACCAAUCAGCGCUACCUGUAAAGGCAUAUCAUCCUGCACAGGCAACAGCAGUCAGUGUCCACCUCCUGAAAACGCGGAAGACAACACGGUGUGUGUGGACAACGGCCGGUGCCAUAAUGGAGAAUGUAACCCUUUCUGUGAGGCCAUGCAGAACCUGCAGUCCUGUGCCUGCAAUGAGACGGAGGACUCGUGCAAAGUUUGCUGCAGGGGAAAAGACGGCGCCUGUUCUCCCUUCAUCCAGUCCAACGGCAGUUUCCUUUUCCUCCGCAAAGGCAAACCCUGCACUGUGGGCUUCUGUGACGAAGGAGGGAAGUGCAUGAAGCAGGUGCAGGACGUGAUAGAGAGGUUGUGGGAUUUUAUCGACAAGCUGGACAUUAAUACAUUCGGGAAGUUCCUGGCUGAUAACAUUGUGGGCUCCGUGGUGGUGUUUUCCCUCGUCUUCUGGAUUCCUCUCAGUAUCCUGGUUCACUGUGUGGACAAGCGACUUGACCAGCAGUACGAGGAGAACACAAAGUGCUUCUACUUCCCUCAAAGUCAGAUGGUGGAAGUUUGUAGUAGAGCUCCUGCCCUAGAGUCAAGAAAUGCUGAGCAACCCCGAGUCAACAUCCAUGCGCAUCGUCAAGCCUCUCUCCUCCUCCGGCGGCCGGACCGCGCCCUCCUUCCUGCUCCCUCAGCAGCUGAGCCAGGCCGCCGCACCUCUCGUGGCCAGCAGCAGCAGUACCCCGGACCCCGGUCCGAACUACGUCCCCACCCCGGACAGCGCAGGGGGGCUUCGGAUGGCCACCAUCCAGGAGGACACCAGCAGCGACUCUCACCUGGGAGAGGAGGGCCUGUCGGACGAUUUCACAACCGCAGGAGCCUCCUCGUCGGCUAUGAAAUCCUCCUACGAGGAUCUGACAGAACAGAACCUGUCGGCAAGGGACCGGCGGCGCCUCAAGAGGCAGGAUUGCAUUGACACUAAAGAGACAGAGUGCUGAGAGUGGACAACCAGCACUCAUAUGUGUUUUAGGGAACAUGCUAAUUCACGCUGCAACAUAUACCUUGCUUUUUUUCUCUCAUUCUGAACAGCAAGUGUUGAAAGGUAAAAAAAAUAAAAAUUCAAUGACAUUCCGAUUUGGUGUUUAAAAGAACUAAAGACCCGAUUUCAAGGACAUUAGAUGUGGCUAUUAUUCAGUCAGUUGAAUAUUUAAAGCAAAUAAAUCAAAUAAAUCAUGAGCUGUCAAAAAUCCCUGACUGCAAACAAAUUAGAAUGAAUUAUUGUUUUUGUUUGCCCCUGGUGAAACAGAUGCAGUGCCUUUCUUUUGUACUGUAUGGGGCCAGAUUAACGAUGGAGAUUAAUCUACCAUUGACUUGUUGCCAAAACAAACAGAGAGAUAAAAUGGCUACCUGUUCUGUGAAUAUGCAAAAUACUGUCCAACAACAACAAAAAGUGACUCAUACAGUGAGUAUCAUGUUAACAGCCUCAGCCUUGCCUUUGCCUGCUAAAUGCUUGUGCACUACGUACUGUCUAUAGAAAUGCAACCUCACUGGUUUGCUGCACUAACCCUUAAACAGUUAAAUGAUUACAUAAUUUUCAUGUUGUAGCUGUGAUUUAUUUUUCUUAAAAGGAAACAUUUCAGUGUGAUGUAUUAAACACUGACCUUAGAUGACGUUAAUCUUUGUGUCAUAACUGAACUUGAAGUAUUUUCACAUCACUGGGAAGUUGGAAAAAAAACGUGUGUAUAUGUCGUCACUAGUGUGUCAUCGAUGGUUAAUUCUGGA